AUGUGCGGCAUCCACGCCGUCCUCACCCCCCCAGGCGUCACCCACAUCGUCUCUUCAGACUUGACUCGCUGUCUCUGCAACCGCGGUCCAGAUUACCUCGGCCAGGUUGAGAGGCGCGUCACCUCUUCAACCAACGACGACUCAACGGACUGCUGGACAUUAAAGCUCACAUCCACCGUCCUCGCCCUUCGCGGCGAUCACGUCGCUAAACAACCGCUCUCCGACCUGGACACGGACAAAGGCUCCGUGCUCUGCUGGAAUGGCGAGGCUUGGCGCAUCAAUGGUGAACCCGUCAGUGGCAACGAUGGAGAGGAGAUUUGGCGGAUGCUGAGGGGAGUGGAAGCUAAUGCUUCUGUGACUACUACUAUUCCUAUUUUGAUGGAAGAGGAGAAGGAAGAGCAUAUCCUGGAUGUCUUCCGAGCCAUUGAAGGUCCGUUUGCCUUUGUCUACUGGCAUGAGGCGAGCCGGAAAGUCUUCUUUGGUAGGGACCGGCUGGGAAGGAGGUCGCUUAUGAUGAAGAGGGAUGAGCGGACUGGAGAGGUGGUGUUAUCGAGUGUUGCGGAGGGGUUAAGCGGUGGUGAUGCCAACGCCAACGGGUGGAAGGAGGUGGAGGCUGAUGGGAUUUAUGUGCUUGAUUUGGGCAUGUUGCCUUCGUCAGGUGAGGGUGUAACAUCCGCGGUGUUGCAGCCGGUACGAAGGGAUUGGAUCAAGGGUGUUGACCCCGCCGAGUUUGUUUCCAGCAUCGGCAGAUUCAACAAGUCUCUCCCACCCGCCUCGGGCUACGCGCCACUGUCAAUAACUUCCCCCUCGGUAGCUGCGCUGAAGCAACAACUUAUCAACUCCCUGUCUCUGCGUGUUCUCAACAUUCCGCAGCCUCCGAAUGCAGACAGAGUAGCACACGACACUCGCGUCGCGGUUCUCUUCUCCGGAGGUUUGGAUUGCACUGUCCUUGCGAGACUAGCACACGAGGUUAUGGACCCGGAGCAAGGGAUCGAUCUCCUGAACGUGGCGUUCGAAAACCCGCGCGUUGUGGCCCAGCUCCGCAAGGAUCAUGCCAAGAACAACGGUCCCAAUGGUGAAGUCGAUGUCGACAGCAUCGAUUUCUACGAGGCCUGUCCCGACAGAAUUACUGGCAGAAAGUCGUUCGCCGAGCUGCAGAGAGUCUGUCCUGGACGGGCCUUCCGGUUUGUAGCUGUAAACGUCCCUUAUACCAAAACCCUUUCCCACCGCCAACAGGUGAUCUCCCUCAUCUAUCCGCACAACACCGAAAUGGAUCUCUCCAUCGGCUACGCCCUCUACUUCGCCGCGCGCGGCCAAGGCGCAUGCACCCACCUGGACGGGCGGGUGGAGGAGGAGUACACCUCCCCGGCCCGCGUCCUUCUGUCCGGCUUGGGAGCCGACGAACUCUUCGGUGGUUAUUCCCGCCACCCGUCCGCCUAUGAGAGGGCCGGAUAUGCCGGUCUUGUUGAUGAACUCUUGCUAGACGUGGGUCGUCUGGGCAAGCGGAACCUUGGUCGGGAUGAUCGGGCCAUGUCUCACUGGAGUAAGGAGGUGAGGUUUCCUUAUCUGGACGAGAGACUGGUGAAGUGGGCCAUGGACACUCCGGCGUGGGAGAAGUGUGACUUUGAGAACGAGGGAGGGGAAGUCGAACCUGGUAAGCGAGUUCUGAGGCUGCUUGCUCUGGAAUUGAGUAUGGAAGGCGUGGCGAAGGAGAAGAAAAGGGCUAUUCAAUUCGGCGCAAGAACCGCCAAGAUGGAAAGCGGAAGGGUAAAAGGAACCACCCUGAUCUCCUGAAAUCACAAUCCUAGUGACUGAGUUCAGUCCACCUACUCAACGGCUUGCUUCCAAAUCCGAAUCCGAGAAUAGUCCAAGACCUCUUAGAACCUUGCGGUGAUGAUUUUUACAGAUACUUCCGAGUCACCGGUCCAACCAGAUCCGACAACCCUUGCUUGUUGCAGGGCUUGCGAAUUUGCUGGGCUCCGUGUCGUCGUGGUUUUGGUUUUGUUGCAGGAUCGAAGCCCUUCCCGGGGCUCGGCUCGCUUGCCUCUCCUUGCUAGUGCAGUUGUCUUUUUUUUGCAAUUCUAAUUGCUCUCGACAAUGAUGUACAAAAGGCAGAUCUGAGCUUGGUUAAAGGGGGUCUUUGGAUGGGUUCGGACUUUGGAAGCAUGCACUACAGGCAAGAUGGGAGAAAGCUGUUAGUGCAGCGCUCCUCACCUUUGUUUACUUACGUAGUCGAGAUAGCAUAUUCUACUGUAUAUAAGCAAUUUCACCAUGAGGAUCAUUACUUCA